UCUCACGCUGGCCUUCUCCUCCCCCGCCAGGCUCCGCGCACUCUCCAGCGGGGGCAGCGUGGCUUCCCCGCCGUCCUCCCCUGCCAUGCCAAAGUACAAACUAGCCGAGUACCGAUACGGGCGGGAAGAGAUGCUAGCACUUUACGUCAAGGACAAUAAGCUCCCUGACGAAAUCCAAGACCGGGAAUUUUCGGCCAUCUUGGAGGAGGAACCUCUGCAACCCCUGGCGUUGGUCCCGUUGACCGAAGAAGAACAGCGGAACUUCUCCAUGUCCGUCAACAGCGUGGCGGUGUUGAGGCUGAUGGGCAAGGGGGCCGGGGUGGCCCCUGCCGGGGUCUCGCGGGGGAGAGGCAGCACGCGGAGCCGAGCAGGCCGCGGGCGAGGCGAGAGCGGCUUUUACCAAAGAAGCAUCGAGGAGGCGGAAGGCGGGGCCUUCGGCCGAGGUGGAGUCCGCGAAAUCCACCGCAGCCAGAGUUGGGAUGACCGAGGGGACCGGCGGUUUGAGAAGCCCAUCCGGCGGGAAGGAGCCCGGCCCCCCUUUGAGGAGGGGGCUCCCUCCAGUCGCAAAGACUUUGCUCGCUCGGACAGCGACAACUGGCGCACGCUGCGCGAGGAGCACGAGGAGGAGGAAGAGGGCGGCAGCGGCGGGAGCAAUGCCGGGGGCGGGUCAGGAGGAAGCUGGCGUCAGAGCGGGGCGUCCCGGCGUGAGAGCGAGCGCUGGCGGUCGGCCAGCCCGGACGGAGGGCCUCGUUCGGCUGGCUGGCGGGAGCAUGGCGGGGACAGCCGCCGGCGGAAGUUCGACUUCGACUUCCGGGAACGCGAGGAGGAGCCGCGGGGAGGACGCCGCCAUCGCCAGAGCAGCGACAGCUUCGAGGAGGAGAAGGACGGGCUGCCCGAGUGGUGCCUGGAGGAUGAGGAAGAGGAGAUGGGCACUUUUGACUCCUCGGGAGCCUUCAUGUCCCUCAAGGUAGGGGCCAGG